AUGUCUGAACAAGAGCGUAUACAGGACUGCCUGAGGAAAGAGAUAAGGUCACUUCUUAUUUCCACUAAAGAUGGUUUGACCCCGCACCAGUUGGAAAAGGAGUACCUUUUGAUGGUUGGCAACCACCUACCUCUCCGAGUCCUGGGCUAUCGGUCCACUAUGGAACUGGUGUUGGACAUGCCUGAUGUGGUUAGUGUCUGUCCCUGUGGGGAUGGCACCGUAAUACUGAAAGCCAUUCCAGAUGAAUCCACCAAAGGAAUAGCAAGUUUAGUUGCAAAGCAGAGGAGGAACCAUAAAGUCCGGAACUCCAUCCAAAAGGGAAGACCCAGUGUUUGCUCUGGCCGGGUGCCUUACCGGGGAAGGGUGCCCCCUAUACUUCCAGCGGUUGUGAAGAGUGAGUUGAAAGACCUUUUGGCAUUGUCUCCUGUUCUCCUUUCUGACUUUGAAAAGGCGUUUGCCAAGCGCUUUGGACGAUCAUUUCAGUAUAUGCAGUAUGGGUUCCUCUCUAUGUUUGAAGUGCUUAAUGCGGCGUCAGAUGUCAUUUCUGUAGAGCAGACCAGAGCAGGUUCUCUGUUGACACUGAAGAAGAGUGUAUCAGAGGAAAAGCAGAGAGGAUGGCCAGCAGGUAAAAUUUUUACUCAGCCUUUUAGAAUGAAACAACAGGGGUCAUACUCUACAAGAUUUCCAGUAAUAAAGACGCGCUUUUCACAACCCUCUUCAAAUAUGGAGCCACCAAAGCAAGUGCUGACCAUGGAGAAGAUGCCCACAGCUAAUGCAGUGCAGACCUCAAGGCUGAGCCACAGUGAAAAAUUAAACCAGUUGGAAAACACAUUCAAGUCAGUCAUUGCACAAAUUGGACCUGGUGGCACUAUUGAUCCAGACCUAAAACACAAGAUAAAAUUUGUUGUAUCUAAGUUUCCACAAGGUUUGUUUAUUUCUAAACUGCUUGGAGAAUUUGAGCUAAUUUUUAAAGAGCAACUUUCACCAAAACAAUUAGGGUUCUUAAAUGUGACAGAGCUUGUUGGUGCUCUUAGUGACAUUCUCCGAGUUGAGUUCAGUGAAGAAAAGCAAGACUUGCUAGUGUUUGAUGCUGACCUGAAGCCUGCACCACCUGGUGGAACACUUUCAUCAGUCAGAAAUUCGUGUUUAGUUCAACCAGACAAGAAAACAGAAGCCAACGCUUGGGCCUCCAGUCCUUCUAGAAGUUCACUGUCUACUGUAGUGUUUAAGAAGUCCGUGUGGGACUGCCCUUUGAAGAGCCACAAGGAGCCAGAACAGAGGGUUUAUAAGAAGCCUAAUGUGGUGGUGAAACCCCUACAGCUGCAAGUAGAAAUGAACAAACCCCAGCUCAGCUUGUCAGGGGCAAACCAUGACAUCCCACCAGACGCCGUGCGUGCGAAGAAGCUGUGCAGGCUCCCCCCGUUAGACACCAGCACCCUCGUGGGGGUCUUUGUGGAGUAUGUCAUCUCUCCCAGUCAGUUCUACAUCCGGAUGUACAGCAGAGACUCGUCAGAGCUGCUUGAGGACAUGAUGAUGGAGAUGCGGCGCUGUUACUCUAACCAGCUGGUUUCUGAUCGGUACAUCAUGCCGGAAUAUUUUAUUCAACCAGGACAUCUUUGUUGUGUAAGGAUUUCUGAGGACAAGUGGUGGUAUCGGGUUAUUAUCCAUCGAAUCCUUGGGGAAAAGGAGGUUGAAGUAUUCUACCCAGACUUUGGAAACAUAGGAACGGUCCAGAAGUCCUCGCUGAGGUUCCUCAAAUGCUGCUACACAAAGCUUCCAGCUCAGGCUAUACCUUGCUCUUUGGCAUGGGUGAGGCCAGCAGAGGAACAAUGGACAUCCAGAGCUAUUUUGCACUUCCAGAAGCUGUGUGGUUUGAAGCCAUUAGUGGGGGUGGUGGAUGAGUAUAUGGACGGAAUCCUUAAUAUUUUUCUUUGUGACACAUCCUCAAAUGAAGAUGUCUAUUUCCAUCAUGUCUUGAGGACAGAAGGUCAUGCUAUUGUAUGCCGAGAAAAUGCCCCAUCCAAGGGCUUCAGAGACCUAAAUCCGUUAGCGCUCUACACUAACCCCAGCGGAGUGCUGGGUGAUAUGGUUCUGCCUGAGCUGGCGCACCCUUCUUAUCAGCAUUGUUUUAAUGAAGGCAGGGAGCAACAGCAACAAUCCAAGCAAGAUACUCAUGAUGAGAAGCCUGUAAGUCACCUUAUGUCUAUGUCUGAGGAAUUAUUAAAGGAUUCUAAAUUCAGUUCACUGACAACACAAAAGAGCUGUGAAGAAGAUCCACAGUGGUCCAUCCUGCAGCCCAAGGGUCUGAAGGAAGAAAAGGAGGAUGAGAUCCCUUCAGGAAUGCCGUGCCUGGAGUCAGUGGCCAUAGGCGGUGAUGUUUGGGAUGAGAACUGGCUGCCUCUGCAGGCUAAAGUGGGGAAGGGAAGGGGUCCUGCCUCCCGUCUGCUUACCUCAAGCCUUGUUGGGAAGAAACAGUAUCAGACACAUGGAGAAAUGACACAAAAGGACUGGUGUUUUUCUACAUCUAAAGAUAUAUGGGAUGAUUCAUGGCAGACCUUAGGCCUUGGAAAUGACAUGAAAGGAGGAAGUCAAACACCAGAAGGGCCCAUUGCUCAAGAAAAAAAUGCUGCCAUGACCGGAAUUGGCAAGCAACCGGACUUACAGUAUCCUUUGGACUCGUCCACACUGCCCAGACUGGAAGAGUUCUACAUCUCUCUCAUGAAGUCCCAGCAGUCGGUAGAAGGGGGCCUGGCUGAACCGGCCAGCACUCAGCCUCAGCACAGCCGAGCGUCCUCAACAGCGCCAGCUUCAACUCCUGCAGUGGUUGACUCUCCAGAAAACCACUCUGGCUCUGUGGAAAGUGCUCCAGGGAGCCUAAAGAAUGAAGAUUCUAGUAGGCCUGCUGACACGGUGCUCAAGGACAAGCGCCGAGGAGCCCUAGACCAGCUCUCUUUCAUGUUGUCCCCCCAGCAGCAGGUGUCCCAGAAGCUCUACAUUCCCCGAAGCACAGCCACGGCUGUCUUGGGAGCUGCUGCGCGGCUAGCCACCUCCAGGAGCCUCCUGCACUGGUACCCCAGUGUGAAAGGGUGGAAGCUUGAGGGACAGAAGGCAGAGAAAAAUGAAGUAAAGUAGCUUUGGGUAGUGAUAGAUUGGUCUUUCUCUAUGACCAUAUGCUAGCUUUAUUUUGCUAGCCACUUUGAUUUGUAAGUAUUGAUAUUUUGUGUUCAUUUUUAUUUUUGUUCAUGAUUUUGCUUCAUUUUGAAUGGUUUGGUUCACCUUUGUUUUAAUGAAGUAGUUUAAAGGUAUUUAUGUAUAUGUUUCUGUGAGUUCCUCUUGUACAUAUGACUGAUAAAUGAAAGUUGAAAAACCAAUGUUUUGUGAUCGAUAUUUAGCAAGACAAAAAGAUGUUCACAUCCCUGCCACACAAUGGCCUCUCCAGGCCUCUAGGCAGGGACUCUACUGCUGCAGGACUGGCUGCAGCGUCUG